GCAGCUGCACGGUGUUUCUGACGAGACUUCCUUAAAGGAAAAAAAAAAAGAUCGCCGUAGGUUUGUCGGGGAGGUGGUCCUGGUCCACGGUCGUGGUAUUAGCAUUUGGACUUCGAGAAACGCUCCAUAAUAAGUAUGACGAGGGGAAACCAGCGCGAGCUUGCCCGUGCGAAAAAUGCCAAAAAGAAUGAUGCGGCCAAGGGAAAGCGCCCGGACGACGGGCUGUCAGCAGCUGCCCGCAAGCUAAGAGAUGCAGAGAUAAUGCAGCAGAAGCAAAAGGCAGCGGCUAAGGACAAGGCUGGUGGCCAAGGGAAGUAGCCACAGCAGGAGGGGGCAGCUACAACACCUAUUCAAGGAAAAAAACCACAACUUCAGUCUGAAACUCUUGUCACGACAAUGGAUUCCCAUCAUGACCCGGCUCUUAAAGAGUAGGCUAAGUCCUCAAACCAAACCAGGCUUGCCCCGUCAAUAUUUCUCCACCCUCUGGUGAACUAAAUCCCCCCCCUUUUUUUUUUUUUUUUUUGAGUUCUUGUCAUCUACAUCUGGCAAUGGAUCCUUUGAGCAAAAUACUGGUGGUAGAACUAAUGUAUAACUGCGUACACAAAGAUUUUUUUGUAUCAAUAUGUAUCCAGUCAAAUAAAGUAUAGGCUUUCUAAUUCA